GCAACAACCGUGACUCACUGCUGCUGUCGCUUUAAAGAUGGCGAUGAUGAAGCCUUCAUCUUCAACAUGCAGCAGGAUUCUGUCUCGUUUCGCCAAGCCAACGGCAUGCUUCACGUUCCUCCUACUAAGAAAGGAGUACAAAACUACCUAAAGAUGAUGGAGGAAGCGCUGCUGGGCGUGAUCGUCUGCUUGCCGGCGCCGGACUCGCAGAGCAAACCCAUCCCAAUUGGCGUGUUUCACCUGAGUAGACUCCCACCGCAGGUGGCACACUGGCGCAAUUCCGAGAUCGGGAUCCAGAUUGUGCAGGCUUAUCAGGGUCAAGGCUACGGCAGCGAGGUGAUCAAGUGGGGACUGCGGUGGGGUUUCAAGAAGGAGGGUGUUUUCAGGGAGCAGGUAUGGCGAGACGGGAGAUGGUGGGACGGUAUCGCUUUGGGAAUCCUCGAGCAUGAGUGGAGGGAGGCGCAGGAGAAGAAUGGCUGACGUUGAGGGCUCGUAGGCAGCAGGGUCUUCAAGCACCUUGUACACAGCAUUAGACAUAGUGGGAGUGCGUUCGCUGAACUAUCUCUAUACAGGCAUUUUCAGUUUGUCGGAAGGAAUAGAAA